ACUAUACCUUGUGCACGUUUCAGAAAUACGAAUAAGGAUCGGCCUGUCGGUGGGGUCACAGCACAGCAGCCUCCGCCUCGAGUCCAAGGAAUUGCUUUGGCUAACAGAUCGUUUGUAAAUGCAAUCAUGGCUGUGCAGCAUUUGCCUCCUCCACCAAUAUUCCGUCCCGUUGAAGAGAAUGCCGGUGAUGGUGUGUGUUAUAAGUUCACCGACUUCCCAAUAGAAAUGGACGACACUGUGUUCAAUGUCAUGGGUAGAUAUUGGGCGCUGCUCAUGUUACAGGUGGCACUUCUGCAUGUACCACGGUUCAACAUGAUUUUCAUUCGCGUUAAAUGGAUUGGUGCGCCGUGCUCUCCAAUGUGUGCUAUGAUCUCGUUUGGAAGCACCGAAAAUGAGAUGCGUGUAGCUGUUGAAGAAUGUGCCAGCAAUCUCGAGCGCUAUGAACGUGCAGCACGAAAUGGAGGACGCUGUCCAAUAAGCAAGUGUUCUCAGAAAUACUUGGAAAGUCAUCAUAUACAAGUGAUUGAUAAGCGGAUCAAUGAAAGGAAGGAUUUGCUUGAAAGAAUGCCUCCGAUGUCCGACAAUCAAUUAAAGGCCAUCAAUAUAUUAAUUGCACAGAUGCUUCAAGACAAGUCUGAGAAUGGUCGAGGUCCGUUGUGGCAACAACAUAUGGAGGUAGCGACAAAGAUGAGCGACAUUCUGAAUCGUCACGUGUUUGAGAAGAUGGGUGUUACAGGACAAGUGGCGGUUUAUGGUUCUGUGUUAACAAGAACCUGCAUUGAAAACAGUGAUUUGAACGUGGCUAUUGAUAUUCCAGCUGUAGAUUGUAGUGACGCUGUUGAGACAAUGAAAUCUGUGGCAGAUCACCUAAAAGUGGCUCCUGAUGUGCUCGACGUUCAAUUCUCGACUGAUAUACCAAUGUGUAUCAAGCUCACCUUGUCGGAUGUACGCGUACGAAUUGCAUGGAGAUGUGAGAACGGCGUGAAAUAUGCCAAAUUGCUUUCUGUAUAUACUACUGUUCGCCCCCAAUUUGCUGAGCUUUGCCGAAUUGUCAGAAAAUGGGCAGAGGUUUCUGGUAUUUACUCCUCCGACCGACGAAAAAAUGGUCUGACGACCUAUGGUUUUGAUAUAAUGGUGCUGUAUUUUCUGCAGCAGAAGGGUCUUCUUCCAUGUCUUCAUGAGGUGGGAUUGCAGAUGGAAAAGAUUGGCAUCCCCGAAGAACCAUGGAAUUUGGCCCAAUUGUUCGUGGAUUUUCUGUGCUUCUACGGCUCACGAGUACAUCAGAAUGAGGUUGUCCAAGUCUAUACGGCAAAACAUGUCAUCAAGGACCGUAGCCGUUGGAGUAGAAAGUUGCUGCAGAUUUGCGAUCCAUUUCGGACGGAUAAUGUGGUAACAUUUACCAAAGCCUACCAGGACGAUGAAUACACGGCUGCUGCGGACGAACUAGCCGAAGAAGAUGAAGAAGUUGCUAAAAUAAGAAAGCAAAUUUAUCAGGAUAUGAUGCCGGUGCCGCAGCACCUCGGUGUCGUUCUGGAUGCGAGACGAUCGAAUGGACGCCGUCAGCUAGUGGACAACAAUCAACAUCGAAGUUCAAUCAAACAGUUUGGAAAAUUCAAUCCUAAAUAUUGCUGCCUUCAACUUUCUGGAUCUUAUCCCAUCAGAAGGCUUCGAGAGCGGUUAACGGAGGUAAAGGCAAUUCCUAAAACGUCCGUAAUUGUGCUAUUUGGAUUCGAUGGAGACAAAGAAGCAAAAGAAAAGGAUGUGCCUGGACUUGCUGAAAGCUGCGAGGCGCUAGGUCUGACAUUAUGGAAAGGUUUCUAUGACGAAGGACUUGAGAAAUCGAGGAACAUGAUAGCAAGUUGCCCGAACGAUGAAUUUGUCCAAGUUGUUGACGAAGUUGCUUUAGAAACUCUCGAAAAUAUCAAUAGCAGAGCGGAUUUAGUGAAGGUUGCCUUGAAGGUUACUGGCGCUCAAACGAUGCCAGAAGCGCUCGAAAACAGUGGCCCUGGAAGAGCGGAAAGAGCAAGACGUCUUGCAGAAAACAUGGAGCGGAACGAACGAAAAAGAGAAGGGAAAAUAAGGAGAGCAGAACGGAGGCGCAUCGAAAAAGAACAAGUAAGGAGGGUGCUGAUGCAGAUAGUGGAGAACGUAUCGGAAGAGCGUACGGUUCAAGAAGAGAAAGAUGGCAGUGCAGUGAUCACUGAGAAGAAACUUCUGGCGAAGGAACCCGAACAAUACGAAAACGGCGAGCAGUCAGUAGAAUGUGAAGUGAACAAUGAUAUGGCGGAGAAAAAACGUGGAAGAAAACGUGGAACAAAAGGUGGAAGAAAGCGUAAUAAGCGUCACACCGUAGAAGAUGAUGUCAAGAUCAUAUUGGAGAAGCUCAUCAGAGAGGUAUCAGAAGCUUCGUCAGUUAUCGAAGAAGAGCAAGAUGCAGUAGAUGGCGAGCAACAAAUUAAUCGAGGAUCAUUCAUUGCCACCGGAAAUUCGCAUACCACGAGUAACGAGAAACUGUGUGAAGAGGAGACGUCAACUGUCCACGAUAUUCGGCUGAAGGAUCUGACCCCGGAAAAUGUGGAAAUAGACGAUUACAUGGUGUACAGUCGUCGGACGAUGCAUCGAAUUCGAGAUAGGAAUCCAACCCGUAUCCCUAGGCAUGUGUAUAUGGUCCUGGAAGAGAAACAUGGUCUGGCGAAAAGAGAAUUCAAAGAAAGAGAUAAGGAGUUGGAUGAAUUGCUCAGAUUGCGGCGCGAAAAGAUACGUCAUGAACAGAAACGAGAACGAUUGCGUGCUCAGAUUUCAAAGAGAGUCGAUAACGAUGUUGAUCAAGUUGGGAAAGACCUCGAAAACUGCAACCCUUUCGAUGACGUCAGAUCGGGUGUAACUGAAGAAGACUGGAUGAUGUCUCAAGAUGAAGAGUCAGUGAGUAUCAAUGCAGAGAUCGAAACCAUCAAUGACGAAUCCAUUGAUGAGCCGAUGGAAACUACUGAGAAGGCUGAGGCUGCCGAAGUGGACAAGGUUAUUGAGAUUCCUGAAGUGGAAGAGAAGGGACCAAAGUCGCAAAUCUGCUACGAAAACUUCUUCAUCACUCUCAAGGAAUUUGACGCUCAAAGUCUGAAACAAAAAAAGCCGGAUAUAGUCUGCUCAUUCUGCGAAAGCAGUGAUCAUUGGUCAGAUGUCUGCCCAUUGAUG